ACAAAUUCUUGAAAUCCGGUGUCCCGCAGCGCAAUGGACCCCUGCCUCGACCACAAUUGAAAUCUCGUCCGAUAAGUAACCGUUUUCCCCCCCAAAGUCCCCGGGUGCCUCUCCCAACCGCCAACGCUUCUUUUCCUCUGCUUCCUGCAGCCUUCCCCAAACUCUAAACUCGCACCCACACUUCAAACUCCCCCCAAAAAAUGCGGAGAUCCAUCUUCACUGCGCAGCCCGCCGCGCGCGCUAUGAGCCGGGCCCUGAGCAACCAGCCCACCCGCCGCGCAUUCGCUUCCACCCCCGUGACCCCCAUUGAGCCCUCCAAGGAGCAAGCUCACCCGAUCGGCCCCUUUUACGAAUCCGUCCUCCGCACCCCCUCCGGUCCCUUCCCCAAGGUCAAGCCCGAAGAGCCCCCCGUCACCUCCCAAUCCAACCCCAAGUCCAUGCCCGAUCCCGCCCCCGCCCCGGCCGAAAAGCCCCCCGCCGAAAAGGAGCAGCCGACCGAGAAGCAAGCCCCCGCCGCCGAGGAGAAACCCUCCACCAAACCCGCCCCCGCUCCCCCCAAGGAGGAGAAGCCAAAGCCCUCCCCCAAGGCCGCCGCCGUCGAGGAAGAAAAGCCAGUCGAGGCCCCCAUCGCCGAGGAAAAGAAGCCGUUGAAGCGCACCCGCAAGCCACGAAGCACCGGAACCAAAGUAAUCUUUGGCUCCUCCCUCGCCGGCCCCGCCGAGCGCGCCGAACGCCUCGCCCGCAUACAAUCCGAAUCCCGCCUCAUCAACGGUGUCCUCGUGCCCCCAAAACCAGAAGAACCAGACAAUUGCUGCAUGAGCGGGUGUGUAAACUGCGUCUGGGAUCGGUUUCGUGACGAGAUGGAGGAUUGGGCUGCAAAGUCCAAACUUGCGGAAGCGAGGAUGGAGGCUGCGACAGAAGUGGGAGAACAGGUGGGGGUUACGCAGGACAGUAUAGAGAGCACAAAUACUACUAGUACUACUAUGGAGGAUGAUGGCGGUGGCUCGGUCGCGAAUUGGGAUGCGGAUGGGAAAACAACUAGAGAUCUUUGGGAUGAGGAGCUGUACAAGAACGUGCCAGUGGGGAUUAGGGAGUUUAUGAAGCAGGAGAAGAAGUUGAAGGAGAAGCAUGCUAGGGAAGGGACUUUGGGGGGUUAAGAUUGUGGGUAGACGUGUGAUGAUGCUGUACGAUAUCAGGAACUGUUUUUUCCUCCUUUUGUCAACCCUUCUAGAGAGUCCCUUUGUUGGUGGUGGCGGUGGUUUUUGUUUGUUGAAUACCCAUGGAAGUUGCGAACUGUUGUAGAUCUCAUGGCCAAGUUACGGUGGGAGGUAUGGGUAAUUUUUAUAUUGACGCGGGUUGCGCGUCUUUCAGU